AUGACAUCAAGAAUAGUAGUAGCAGCAGCAGCAGCAGCAGCGGCAGCAGCAGCAGCAGCAGCAGCAGCAGCAGCAGCAAUUAAUGAUAUGGGAGGUCUAAGCUUCUGCAGAUCAUUGGUCUAUGUAUUAGCACCACACAUUACUGCAUUCACAGGAGGAUUAUUGUGUACAUAUGUGUGUUCCGAUGCUGAUCGAAUAAUUGUAGAAUUUAUGUCAAUUAUGCAGCUUGUAACAAUAAAUGAAGAACAGAAAGGUAGUGUAAGUAGGCAGCAUCCGACUAGCGGUGAUGAGGUUUCGCUAUCAUCGGAAUCAAUUCAUUUGGAUGAUAUCGAUGGUACAGUAAUGCAAGUGUUGAUAUGCAUGCAAGUACGAAAUACUUUUUACGAUGAACACUAA